AGUUGGAACGAGCCAGCGCCAUUACUCUCGACGUAUCCGUACGAACGUGACCGUAUCUACUUUCCGCUGGUUUUUCUUUCAUCGAUCGUGUUAGAACAUCAUUACUGCGCAGUGCAAGGUCUCAGUAACAACAUAACCGGGUGGCUGAACGAGGACAGUGAGUUCGCUACGACAUGGGGGCUAGGUCCCGGGAGUUAAUACUGCUCCUGGCAGUUUGUGCGCUUGCAAUUUCAGAGUCUGUGAACAAAACUGGAAAGAAUACUAACAAAGACUCUGAAAAUUUCCUUUAUCAAUACGAAGAUUAUGACUCUGCAGAUGACCAAGAAGUGCUUUUCAAUGAAGACAGACCAUGCCCUAGGGAUUGCAUAUGUGUUGUAUCUCAAGGAUACAGAACAGCAAAGUGCAACCGCUUAGAAAUGGGCACACAGAAAUUUGGUGAUGACAUCACUGAUCUCGUUAUCGAUAAUGCAGAAACAGAAAUUCAACUCGAUGACUUUAUCUUCAAAAAAUUAGGUCUGCACCAAGUUGCUACAAUUAAGAUCGUGAAUAGCACUAUUGUGUCUGUUGGAGCUAACGCCUUCCAUGGACUACAUGAACUAUACGCUGUUAACCUAUCAAAUAACAAACUGAAGAGUUUACACCCUGAGACGUUCGCUACUAACAAGAAAUUGUUAUUGUUAACUCUUUCGAACAACCCUCUUAAAUUUCCCGCACCUGGUUCUGGAGAGUACUUCUUAAAUGCUUCUUCGAUACAAGAAUUUGACAUAUCUUACUGUAACAUGCAAUACAUAACAGCUAAUAUUGUAAAGAAUAUGCCUGGCGUAAUGUACCUUAACCUAGCUGGCAACAAUUUGUCUGAUAUGGAAGCAGAUACAUUUAAAUCUCUCCUCGAUUUGGAAGAACUAGACUUGAGUGACAAUAACCUUAAAUCUCUCCCUGAUGAUAUUUUUUCAGAGAAUACUGAGCUUGCUACGCUCCAUAUACAAAGAAAUCCGAUUGACUCAGUUUACGGUCUUCAAAUUUCUGACCUGCUUACUUUAAAUGCUGGGCAAACUAAUAUUAAAUUCGUUGGACCCUCUAUGUUUAAUGGAAUGACAUUCAUAGCUAAUCUGAAUCUUAGCGGUAACAGUAUCGAAAAAAUUCAUAAUCAAGCAUUCCAUAAACUUGUUGAGCUUAAUUACUUAGAUCUAUCCUACAAUGACUUAGACUUUAUUUCAAGCAUCCUCAUCAAGGAGAACAUCGAGUUAGAUAUAUUCAAAAUUUCCAAUAACCCAAAACUAAAGCAUUUACCAGUAGAAGGGUUUAACUGUUCUGCUGAACAAUUCAAUAUUUAUUUGUUCGAUGCAUCCAACUGUGGACUAGAAGAAAUUUAUGACGAUUCACUUAAAACUUUUACGGCCCUUUCACAAAUAAACCUAUCUGGAAACAAAAUAAAAUCAAUUAGUAGCCGUGUUUUCUCCCGAAGCCCAAAACUUAUUGAAAUAAAUCUCUCUUACAAUUUCUUAACAACUUUAGACAGUAAAGUUUUUGAGAAAAAUAAGGAUCUUGGGAAGUUAAAUCUUCAAGGAAACCCCCUAAAAGUGCUUUCAGCAGAAGUAUUCGUUCAUACACCAAUGCUAACAUGGUUAGAUAUGAGUCAUGCUGAAUUAACUGGUCUCUGGAAGGUAGAAAAGAAUCAACCCUCUACUCUUCUUAACAAUUUGAGCUUUUUAAAUGUGUCGCACAACCGCAUUACAGAGAUAAAACAAACAGAAAUUGAUACUUUGAAAAAACUCCGCACUCUUGACGUAAGUAAUAAUUUAUUAGCUUGUAGCCGCGAAUUUGAAAAUCUUAUGACUUGGCUCAGUAACCAUAAAGUUUCACCUAACGCUAAUACUGCUAGUAUUGCAAACUUGGCUGAGGAUGUGAAAGAAGAGGACGGCACCUACAGUUGGGAAUUCCUCACGCACAAAACUUGCGGUACUCCAAUGCCUCAUCCCGUUGAGCCUAUAUCGUCUGUAUCGGAUGAAGAAAUAUGGGAAAGAAUUGAUAAGGACGCAGAUGGCAACUUUGACUUGAAAGAUACUCUCGAUGACGGUAAGAUGGCCGAUGAUACUAAGAUGACAAAUGACGCUACUAACAAUAAACUAAAUGACGAAAAUGAUGCCGAUGACGAAGACGACGGUGAAGAGGAAGACGAUGAGUUAUCUGAUGAUUAUGACGAAGACGAUGAUAACGUUGAUCUCAAAGUUAAGUUGAUCGAAAAACCAACAUCACCUAAACCUUCUGAAAAUAAAAAGAUUACUAUUAAACUUCUAGAAAAAGAUACUAUGUAUGAUGAUCUCGAACCGGAAGUUUAUGUUCGAGCUUCCAUGACAGACUCCGAGCACGGCCACUACGACUAUCUGUGGCCUAUGUUAAUUGCCAUUUUGGGAGCAAUAUUGCUUUUGAUUGUGAUCGGUAAGGUUGUUAUGGUUGUAUGCAGUAGAAGAAACAAGCAAAUAAGAUACAACAGUGCCAUAAUCGCUGCCAUGAGCCAUCCAGGUCGUACAAAGAAGGACUGUGGAUUAGUAUACCAACAACUUUCUGAGGACUUGACGGGUCCGACUACACCUAAACUUAACCGCUACGCGCCCUUGCACAACGUUACCGUAAAGGCAUCCAACAUUCAAUCAUAUGAAAGCAGUCCAUUCCAUCACAACAACAUUGUUCCGGAGGCGGUGUAAACGGUACAAAUUAACAUCUUUGUAAGCAAUUAAAAUAACAACUGCGUUAACUUUUAUUUAAGCAGUAAGUGAUAAAUAUAAGCGCUAGUCAAAACUAUCAACAUAUCUUAAAAAUUGAGCAUGCAUUAAGUGCCUUUGAGAAUUAUCUGAACAAUAUAACUUCCGAAUCUUAAAAUCUAGCGCUUGUCUUAUGAUUAUAGAGAAAAAAGUAACGUAUGGAAGUAAAAUUACAACAAAUUAAUUUAAGAUAUACAUAAUUAUAUAUUAUACAAAUUA